UAUAUCUGAAGAGAACGUAUCACGACAACACCUGUUGUCCUUUCACCUACACACACGAAACUGUGACACCUAUCACCAAUAAAUCAGGGAGGAAGACCGCCGACGAUCACAGCUUCCAAGAGGAACCGACUGUUUAUUGCAUGAUGAUGUUGCGUCCAACACUGGUUCUGCUGCUGGUGGUGCUGAUGCUCACCCCGGAGGAAGGCGAAGGAUGGUUAUGGGGCCGUAGGCGUCGGCGCCGGAGCCACAACGUGCGAAAGACAACUCACAACACCAACAACUGUAAUUGCAACACGAUUCAGGAGGACAUCGUCAAACUGCUGAGGGAUGUCGUUAAAUCCAAACGUUUGGGAAAACGUGAUGUUUCUACCUUGAUUGACGUUGAUGAAGAUGAUCCACUUCUGGAGGAGUUCAUGCGAAACUCAAUGAACAAACGUGACGGUCUCGUUGGCACGGAGCAGUUGUUGGAAGCUGUAGAGCGUGCAGCACAAGUGCCUCACAAGAGAAACAGCAACCACUGUCAGUGUGGCAGGAUGGUGUUGGAGGAGGCAACUCGCAGCAACUGAAGACGGAGAUAUGGCGGACAAUGACGCUACCCAACCAGACUGACAAAUAAAUUUAGCAAGACUGAAA